AUGAAGGUAACUGAUCCUGAUGGGGGAAUUCACUUCCACUGGAAAAAAACAGUUCGAAGGUACUGGCAGUGAACGUGAUGACAAGGUUGCUGAGUAGCCCAAAGAAGGCUGGACUUUAAGCCUAGAAAAAGCACCGGAGUUUCAACAUUGUUUUAUAUUUUCGUAUCUGUAUGGAGGGAGAAACAGCAAGGAAAAAAGACGAGGGGCGUUUAAAAGCAAACGAGAAGGGUACGCUUUGUUUAAGGCUUCCCAUGUUUUGGAUGUAAAAUUUAACAGCUCUCAUGAUGAUUUCUGCUUUUUUGAUGCAAGAGUAAAGGCUUCUAUGACCAGAAACAAGAUGUAUAGAACAAAAGUCAGUCAAAACAAAACAGGUGAAGUUGUUGCUGCUCAAUGCACUUAUAAAGCUGGCGGUAAUGGAUACUGUAAACAUGUUGGGGCCUUAUUGUAUGCCAUACUUGACUUCUCUGAAUGUGGCCUUGGGCAGAUUCCUCCAAACACUUCUUGCACAGAAAGGCCUCAGCAGUGGCAUAAACCAACCCAACGAACCUCAAAAGUUCCAGUUCUUUUCAAAGAUAUACUGAUGAUAAAGCAUGAUUAUGAUGCUGACUAA